AUGGAGGCGGGUCCUCUUUCAGCAACUAAUAAUGAUACAUCAAAUAAUAAUAGUUUUCAAAUAGACAAUGAACCUUAUAUCAAUGGUGGUGGCCUCAUAUAUGCAAUAUUAAGCUCGGUUUCUCUCUUUUGUAUGAUAAUUCUUUCAAUUAUAUACGGACGACUCGAUUACAAUCGUAUAUUUGUAUAUUUUUGUAUAUCCAUGGUUUCACUCUAUAUACCCCACGUACUUGGAGCUUGGAUUUAUGGAGCAAACUUAGAUCAAGCACCCCAAGUGAUAUGUUGGAUUCAAGCGUUAUGGAUCAAUGCAUCAGGGAUAGCUGCAGGAAUCACAGUAUUAAUAUAUUCCUUUGAGAUUUAUAGGAGUUUGGUUUUACGCGUAACUGAAGGUGAAUGGCUACGACGAAAAUUUUAUUUGGCCACGUUAAUGAUCAUUCCAAUAUUGGUCGGUAUUAUUCCUCCAGUUUUAAUUGCCGAGAGACCGAAUGGAAUUUUGCCAGGCCCUAUUCAAGGUUGGAACACUCUAACAAGUCUUUUUGGAAUUUAUUUUUCGAUACGAACUGCCAUCAUGGUAGUAAAAUUUAUUUAUAUUCGAAAAGGUAUUGUUAAACCAAAACCCUCCUCAAUCGUAACUCGAACAUCCCGUAAUACUGGAGUUGAACCUAGUGCAACAAUGGCAUCACUUCCAAAUUUUCAUAAUACGCGACAAAUUGAUGAGAACCCUCCCCUUUCCUCUAGAACUAUUGCUUCUAUACCAAUUUUUGUAUGUAUACGGUUAGUGACAUUUGGAGUUUUAUAUUGUGCCGUAACUAUUUUAGUUUACGGAAGAAAUUUAGUUUUAAGCAUCAAAGAAACUCCUUAUGAUCCUAAAAAACCUUUUAUGGAAUAUAUAAUUGCAUCGUUGGGUAUAUUAUUAUUCGUAGUUUUUGGAACUUCAAUGGAAGCGAUUCGAGCGUAUUGGAAAUUCGUUAAAAUUAUAUUUAGUUGUCAAUGUUUUAAACUGGGACGCGAUGAAAGUUUUAGUGAUUGGGAAAUUCAGAAAGCCAAAAGAGAAGAAAUGGAAAAGGCCAAAAAUUCUAAACACAGUUCGCGACAAAUUAUAAGGGAUAUACCUCCUAUAACUAUUGCAUUCGGAGAUUAUAUUACUUGCAAUCCAACAGAUCCUGAAUACGCACGUAUUGGCAGUCUCUUGGAUAAUCCAUCAGCAUCAAAAUUUCCCGACAUAUCUCUACAUGCAGUUCGUGGAUUGAUUAACCAGGCUGAUGUGAGCUAUGUCCGAUUCAAGAGCCCAUCGGUAACAUUCCAACAACCUUCUUUCGACUAUGCGAUCAACCCUCAAUUUAAAAAUCAACAUAAACGUCCGUUCGAGCAAACUAUGGAAAUUAUCCCUCAAGGCAGUAUGGUACCAGAACAGACCUAUAACCAUGAUUUUUAUGGCAUUGAUUCCUUAUCAUACAAUAGUACACCAGAAAUUGUCAUGAAUAAUAGUUCUGUAUCUCAGCGUAUUGAUUAUAACCAUAGUUCUUACAAAGGAUCAAGUAUUUCACCCACUCAAAUGAUAUCCAAUGAUCAGAGAGAACAACAGAAUACGUAUAAUAAUGAAAACAUUUACAAUAACUCAAUUAUAAGUAAUACGUUAGAAAGUCAAGAGAUUAAACCAUCAUCAUUGGUUUUUUUGGAUACUCCAGCACAUUCAAGUCGAGAUUAUCAUCCUAACGUUUAUUCAGAAGUGAGCGAAAUUCCACAAACUUAUCAGCAGAAUGAACGUCACAAUUCUCCACAUGUUGUUAUAGAAAGUACACCUAUUUCAAAAUCUUAUAUUCAGUCAAAUUAUAAUGUUUCGAAAGUACCAUCCGAUUCAGAUUCACAAGAAAUAGAAUCAAACAAUUUAAUUCCUCAAGUCGUUAUUGCUCAGGAAAAAUCUUAUGUGAAAGAUUUCAAUGAUAAUCAAUACGUAGAUUCGAACAUUAUCUCAACUGCAAAACGGCAGAGUACUCGUGCGCCAUCCCCUAAAGUAGUUAUAGAAGUCACACCGAGAAAUAAAUUAGAAGUGUAUCGCUCGCCUCAAAAAUCAGAGUUUGAUUCGAUCCUUAACUUGCAGCAAUCUCAGAAAAAGUCGAAUCAGGAAUAUAAAAAACAUAGGGAUAGGGAUAAGGAUGAAGAACGAAAUGGAGAGAGCGCACUGAUCAAUUUGAUUAAUUAUAUGAGUACGAUAUUUGAAGCUGAGGAUUCCGUCGACAUGGAACAAUCCUCUAAUAAUGCAUUUGCAUCAAAUUCAACACCUCUACUAGUUCAGUCAAGCAUGGGUUCGAGUGAGCCCUUGCUUACCACAAGCGCAAUUCAACAACUUACGAAGCUUGUUAACAAAGUGAGCCGUUAUAAACGUAUGGAAGAUGCUGAAGUAGACGAUUUAGCACGUCUUUUGAAAAUAUUAGAUCGUUCUGUGCGUGAGGUUGAAAAUUUGGAUGUAUUACCAAAAUCAGCAUCUCAAGUCCAAAUACACGCGACAAAUUCGAAAACUAAAGUGAAUCACAAAAAUUUAGAUAAUGACAUAAAUGAAGAUGAUUCCCAUGAGGAUGAGGAAGAUUCAAAAAUCAGACAAAUGGAGGAAAAACUUGAAAAAAUAACUAACGGAAUUGACGCCGCAAUAGCCGCAUUUUCAAUCAUGACAGGCGGUAAAUUAAGUAAACAGCUAUAUCCCGAAGAUUUAAUCACUUCAAGUUUAAAUCUUGUAAAAAAUCAACUUGGAGGAAUUAUUUAUCGCUUUUUGGAAUCAAGUACCUCUAAUGAGGAAUUAAGUCGGAUGCUUCCAGUUAUAACUACUUAUUUGAAAAAGUUAUACGACUUGAUGCAGCAAGAAGAGCUUUCGGAUAGUAUUGUCAUAACAGUUAGUUUUAUCGCCAUUGGACCAUUUUUUGUUGAUUCUUCUGGUGGAGGCGGCAAUAAUUUUUUUGGAAUCAAUGUUGAAUCCAUGAAAUUGGUUGCACUUGGGUUAUUGCGAUUGGUUUUCACAAAUAAUCAAAAACAACGUACUUGGAUUUUAGAGGAAAUUCUAACCUCCCUCAUUAAAUUACCUACCGCAAAACGUAAUUUGCGACAAUAUAGGUUACCUGAUGGUAAAUCAAUUCAAAUGGUUUCAGCACUUAUUUUGCAACUCAUUCAAAGUUGUACUGCUGGUACAAAUCAGUACGAUUCUAAGGAUAUUGAUGGUCAGCGUAAAGAGGAAAUUCUUAGAAUGGAGAUCAAUGACGAUUGUGGCGGUAUUUGGAAAACAGGAAUAGACGCAGCUAGCGUGAAUGCCGGCUAUGUCUUCAAAUUCUUGCUGGCAAGAUGUACAAAAUCUAUUAAAAACUCAAAUGAUUCUGAAUAUCGUGUCCUGUUGGAUAACUUUAUGGAAGAUGUAAUUACUGUGUUAAACUUUCCAGAAUGGCCUGCCGCGGAAAUGAUAGUUCACAUUUUCAGUAAAAUUAUGGUCGGCUAUAUUAAUGAUAAGAAAGCAGAUACGUACACGAAGUCCAUGGCUAUUGAUUAUUUAGGAACCAUUGCUGGACGAAUAAAAAAAUAUGCCAAUAAUGCUCUGAUCAAUGGUGAGAGUACAUUGGAGGAUAAUUGGGAAAAUAAAGAAGUUCGUCAUUGUAUAGAUAUGGCCAAAGAUAUUCCAAGGGGAGAGAUUACUAGUAAUACGAGUUUACAGGCAAUUAAAAAUCUUUGGGAAUGUCAAAAGACUGUGUUGACAUUUUUGAAAUUUGUUGCGUUGCAAGAUCCCGGUGUACAGUGCGCUCGACAGUUUUAUUUGGCAGAAUGGGGAUAUUCUUUUGUUAGUACACUACAAACUAUUACUGAAAAUUUGUCAUUCGAUACUGAACGCUCUGAUAUCAGUCUUAUAACCGAACUUCUUGCAACAAGGCAAGCUCUUUAUCAGAACUUUGACUCCAUUCUCUCAAGGAUUUUGGUUUCACUUGAUACGGGAGUUGUUGCCUUCCGAACCAAAGCUCUGAGGGCGUUAGGACAAGUAGUUGUUAAUGAUCCGAACAUUUUGAGCCAAGUCAAUGUUCGGCAAACAAUUGCACAAAGGCUUUCCGAUAAUUCUCCGGCCGUUCGCGACGCAGCCAUUGAUCUUGUCGGUCGAUAUCUCUCGCAAAAACCCGAAAUCACUGAACAGUAUUAUAAAGUUAUUAGUGAACGAAUUUUGGAUACUGGUCUCAAUGUCCGAAAACGUGUUAUCAAAUUACUUCGUGACAUAUAUCUUAAAAGCACGGAUCAGAAGAUGAUGAUAGACAUUGGCUGUAAAAUUCUCAUGCGUAUAAAUGACGACGAUAAUCAUGUUAAAGACUUGGCUUUAAAAACCAUUCAAGAAUUAUGGUUUGUACCUUUCAAACAUCAAAGGAAUGUGACCGUUGACAUGGAUGAUCUUGAUGAUGAUAAUGAAGGACAAAGUGAAUUUACCAACAUGUAUGCUGUCGGCAAGAAGGAAGUUUUAAGUAGAAGUUUGUUAAUUGUUGGAGUUGCAGGACGCCUUGGCGAAAGGAAUGGUAAUGUGUUGGGAGGGCUAUUCAAAAAGAUUAUAGAAAAGGAUGGAAAGCAGAAACGAGAAAUCUUAAAUAUAUGCCAGUGUAUGGUGGAUUGUCUCUUUGAACAUCUAUUGACAUUACAAGAUUCUAAUUCAAAAACUGAGGUUGUAAGUUGUAUCAGCACCAUAUGCCUCUUAAGUAAUGCUUCUCCUUCACUUGUUCGAAGGCAUGUCGCCACUUUGCAACCGUAUUUAAAAAGUGCUAGUUCGACCGAUGAACAAACAAUCUUGUAUUAUGUAUUAAUAAUCUAUCGAAGUGUUCUUCCACUUUUAAAACGACCAAAUCCAAGCUUUUUAACUGAGGUAGAGCAAGCACUUCUUGGUCUACUUACCAAAAGUCCACAAAAGAUUCUUCAAGAGGUUGUGCCUUGCCUUUGUGUUAUUGUGGAUAAGUUAACACAUAACUAUGCUCGUUUAACGAAGCUACUAAGAUCUUGUAUAGAAAAACUUAAAAUUGAAAAAAAACAUUUGGAUACCGGAAAAGAGAUAUCUUCGGCUCGAAAUGUUAUGGUUCUUCUUUUGAUUAUCGGUUUAUUAUGUAAAAACUUUGAUUUUGACAAAAAAAGAACAGAACAUCCAGACGAAAUGAAGGAAUUAAACCUCAUUGACAAGGGACCUAUAAUAGCAAUUGUUUUCCAAUUAGCUUUAUAUUUUUGUGGUGAAAGCUUAUCAGAAACCGUACAGAAAAUGGCAUUACAGAGCUUGGGAUUCAUAUAUUUGUCCUAUCCAAUAAUCAUGCUCAGACCGGAAAGCACCAGUCUAAUGGAUCGUAUUCUAAGUACUGGGGUCAUGGAUAUGAAAAUACAAUUAAUGAAGGUAUUCGCCGAUUUCUUGGUAGCAGAGCAACAAAAGAUUAACACGGAUUUGGAAGAUAAAAAACAAAAAAAAAAUGUUCCUGUCGAUUUAAAGGUUUUGAUUGGAAAUGCGGAUGAGUUUGCAGAGGCAGGGGUGAGCAGCUCUUUAAUGCAACGAUAUCUCGACCAGAUCCUUGAAUGUACUUUUGAUCAAACGCAGGGUUUGAAAACGAUUGCUUUAGAUGUCUUGGGCAACAUUAUUCAACAGGAAACUAGUCCGGAACAAACGAUUCGCGACAAAGCGUUUAAAUUGCAUCAACUUUUAAAUGAAAAGCACGCUUCAUUGAUACAUUCUCGUAAUGUUGAUUGCGUCAAAAAGGCAUACGCUUUUCAAAAACAAUUGGUUGGUAAUAACCUCGUUGGAUAUGCUGUUCGAAAUGAUGAGGGAUAUCCGGAGGCUUUGCUUAAUCCAAUGUAUUCUUUGUUAAAAGAAAAACGACAACGUCGCAAUGAUUUCUUAAUAUCAAUUGUCAGGACGUUUGAUUUUGAUCUAAUACGAUACGAUGAAUCGAUGGUUGAUGUUGGUUUCUGUAAAUUUGUCGCAGAAAAUCUUGCUACUAUUGAUUAUAAAUCCUUGGAAGAAGUCCUUCAUGUUAUCUAUUGCAUCAAUCGUGUUUUAUCAGUUGUUGCUAUAAGUAUUCUGCAUUCCAUUCAACACAAUGCAAAAGUUCUUAAUAUCAACGUGGACGCAUUUAGUCAAAACAAAUUUUCCCAAGAACAAAUCCUUGAUAACGUUCAAAUAAUUGUUGGAAGGAACCUCCCACUUGAUUCGGAUCCGCAUAAUGUUCCUAUGCUUAACGACGAGGUUAAGGAAAUUAAUGGGAGAUAUGAAACUCUAAAGGAUAACACUAAUUUAAAUUCAACGUCAAUUGAUAUACAAAGUUCCGCAUUUUUAGAGAGUGUAGAGAAAAUGGCAAUACAAGAUGUUCAAGAGCGAGAAUCGAUAAAUAAAGAUAAAGAAACUAUUUUACCAUUACCUUAUGCCGCCAAGGUUUCCAUUUGCAUGGCUAUUCUUAUGUACUUAAAAGAACAUUUGAAAAAGGCAUACGCACUCAGUGAAGCUAAAUGUCAGAACUUCAACCCAGCCCAAAGUGGAUCUAAUAAAGAUAAGCCGGCGUUACGUCAACAACAUGCUCCACCAGUGAUUACAUGGGAAGGUCUUCCAUUCGUAGAUAAACCUUUGUUAACUGAUGAAGAUAUACAUCAACAAUGCGAAUUGUUCAGAAAACUUAUGUCUGAUGAUGGCACGCAAGAAGAGGAAUUUGCCAACACGGAGAUGGAAGCGGACUCAAUUAACAAACAAUUGAAUGGUUACGUUAACGUGGAUUUCGAUGUAACGACCAUGUCAUUGUUCGAUGAAACAACGCCAACGAUAACAAAAUCGUCAGGAGGUACCCCUACAAAGAAAGGAAGCGUACGUAAAUUAGGUUCAAAGUCAAAAAAUACGUCACCAAGGACACCAGGAAGUGGUAAAAAAAGAAGUGCACCUAAUGAUGCUAUGUCUAAAAAGUCUAAAAAGAAACGCAAAUCAGUUAUAGAUAAUGUGACCGAUGAUGAAGAGGAUAGUGACUUUCAGUUGUAG